AUGUCCGAACACCGUAUUCAGGGCAAAAUCAGUCCUGAAGGCUCGUCCGUGGAUGUCAACGCGGACGAAAAAUACUAUCUGUGGUCCAGCAAAGCCCAGAAGAUCCCCGGAAAAAAAGGGCAGGAUCUAGCAGGAAGCCCAGAAGACAAAUUUGUGUCCUCACUAAAAAAUAGGUUUACUCUUUCGAUAUUCAACAAUGUCAAAAAAGACAGUUAUAAAUUCACUUUGAAAUUCAACGAUAAGCAGAUUUUGGGUUUUGAUUUCACCCUGAGCAAUCCUUGGGCCUUUCCGCUGAGCUCCGGGGCUAAUGCCCUGAAAUUCUCCUUUGGCAACAAUGCGAGUCAUAUUCCUCAACCUGCCAUCAGCCAAGAUGGAACAACCCUGAUCUGUGGCCUGGAUGUCGAUAACUCUCUGUCUCUCAAGCCAACUAUCCGAGCAGUGAUCACAUACUCAGGCCUAGUUACCAUGCUCAACUGUCUUCCUGGACCGGUUCUCAAUAUUAAAGUGACACUGGACAAGGAUAGUAAGGAACACAAUCGCAACGGCCUUUGGUUCCAUCCAUCAACAUUUUAUAAAACCACCUUUCGCGCGCAAUUCCAACUGACGACACUAGAGGGUCUGCAGAAUGAGCUGAAGAUCAUCCCCAAACUCUCAGCUUCCAAGCCAGGUGAUUUCGUGUUCACGCUGGGUGGCUAUCACCAAGCAUUUGUUAUUCCUGCAGGCUAUCCCAAUCCGCCUCGUCUAGGUAUCAGCUGGACUCUGGGCAGUAACAUCAGUGUUUCCGGGCAGGCGUAUUUUGCAAUCACGCCAAAGGUGUGCAUGGGAGGUGGUCGUCUUCAUGCCUCGUUCUCUGCAGGGCCUAUCGAGGCGUGGUUCGAUGCAUUUGCCGAUUUCUUGAUCAACUACAAGCCCUUCCGCUUCAUUGCCAGUGCUGACUCUUCUGCUACUAAUCCUACCAGCAGCAAGAACCAUAUCAAAGACCUGCUCAACACCGACUCUGGCGGCAUUCCCCAGAUGAUAGGUGUCCUCUUCACUUCUCCUCCUCCCAUUAUGGCCCCAGACAAGUUUCCUGUAUUUGAUAUUCUCGAUGCACAACUAGUCGACCUGACAGCUAAAAUGCCCUUCCCCGACAACCAGUAA